GCUUGGUGGAAAAAGAAAGGCCAGCAGAACUGGAAGAGCGGUGGCGGUGACUGGAAGGGCGGCGGCGGGAAGAAUUGGAACAAGUGGGAGGGCAACAACAAGUGGAACGAUUGGAAGAAAAAGGAAGAGGAGGAGACAAAAGAAUCAACAGUCGGCCGUGGCAUGCGAGCAUGGAGCGACGAUGAAGAGGAUAUCAAGGCCAAGAAAGCCCUCAGAGAGAAGAAGGCUUCGAAGUCUCAGAAAGAGACAGAGGCCAAGGACGGCGAAGAGCCGAAGGGCGAGGAGAAGGAGAGCAAUGGCAAAGACAAGUCCGAUUGGAAGAGCUGGUCGGAUUGGAAAGGAG